CACAUUUUGGCUAGUGAAACAUUGUUGCGAAACGUUAACGCAACAUUAACAUUCUAAAAUGUAACAGUUGGGCUUUAGAACAGAACGUCGAUGUGUUGCGGUGAAACAUUCUUAACUACAGCGAAUGUAAUGUUACACUGAACAUUUACAAAUGUAACAGUUCGGAGAACAAAUCCUCACACGGAAGUUGUAACUCAAACCCAGCUAACAGAACACGUUGGCUCCUCCGGGGGGAACGGAGAUUUUGAGGGGGAGUGUGAAGUUUAGGGAAGAGCCCUCUUUCCUUCAUCUGCUGACGCGGAUGGGACUGUUUGUGCAACGACGCAGCGGACCACCGAAAUCCAACCAUGUUAUCUUGGACUAUAAGUGUUUGGACCAUUCUUGCGGUAGCACAAUGUUACUUUUCAGAGGAAAAUUAUACUGAAGAGUCAAAGAUGCAGCCACCCACGGUCGUUAUAGCUAUAAUCGCUCGGAACGCUGCUCAUUCUUUACCAUACUACCUCGGAGCUCUCGAAAGACUAAACUAUCCCAAAGAGCGCAUCUCUAUCUGGGCAGCAACAGACCACAACAUUGACAACACGACAGAAAUCCUGCGAGAAUGGCUCACCGUCAUGCAAACACAAUAUCACUAUGUGGAGUGGAGACCUUUAGAUAAACCCACGUCCUAUGUAGGCGAGCUGGGGCCCAAGCACUGGACUAACGGCCGCUAUGAGUAUGUUAUGAAGCUCAAACAGGCAGCGCUGAACUUUGCCAAGAAACGUUGGGCUGACUACAUUCUGUAUUCAGACACAGACAACAUCCUGACUAACCCGGACACACUGCACCUCCUGAUGGCGGAGAAUAAGUCAGUCAUCGCCCCCAUGCUGGACUCACAGUCAGCGUACUCCAACUACUGGUGUGGUAUCACUCCACAGGGUUAUUAUCGUCGUACUGCUGAGUACUUCCCCACAAAGCAGCGUCAAAGGCUGGGCUGCUAUCCUAUGCCCAUGGUCCACUCCACUAUUCUGUUGGACCUGCGCAAAGCAGGCACCAAGAAAGUGUCCUUUCACCCUCCUCACAAAGACUAUUCCUGGCCCUUUGACGACAUCAUCGUUUUUGCCUUCUCCUGCCGAAUAUCAGAGGUGCAGAUGUAUCUGUGCAACAAGGUGCGUUAUGGGUAUCUGAACGUCCCCGCAAAACCUCAUCAAACCGUGGAGGAUGAUCGAAUCAAUUUCAUCCACCUAUACCUGGAAUCUCUGAUCCAUGGGCCACCAAUGUACUUGUCUCGCCAUGUCCACGUUCCUCCCAAACAGUCUGAUCUCAUGGGCUUUGAUGAGAUCUACUUGAUAAACCUGCGCAGACGUCAAGACCGCAGAGACAGGAUGUUAUGGUCGCUGUACGAGCUAGAGAUUGAUGCUAAAGUUGUGGACGCUAUUGAUGGAGCAGCUCUGAACAGCAGCGAGGUUAAGAUUCUAGGUGUCGAUCUCUUACCUGGUUACUAUGACCCUUUCUCUGGCCGCACACUGACCAAGGGAGAGGUGGGCUGCUUCCUGAGCCACUACUACAUCUGGAAAGAGAUGGUAGACAUGCAGCUAGACAAGGCGCUGAUCUUUGAGGAUGACGUGCGUUUCCAAGCCAACUUUAAACGUCGUCUGAUGCGGCUGAUGGAGGAAGUGGAGCAGGUGGAGCUGGACUGGGACAUCAUAUACCUGGGCAGGAAGAAGGUGAACCUUGAAGAGGAAGUUGCAGUGGAGAAUGUGAGGAAUCUGGUGUACGCUGAUUACUCCUACUGGACGCUGUCUUACGCCAUCUCUCUUCAAGGAGCUCAGAAGCUCCUUAACGCAGAACCGAUAUCCAAGAUGCUUCCUGUGGAUGAAUUUCUACCCAUCAUGUAUGACAAGCACCCCAAUGAGGACUACAAAUCCCAUUUUCCCAAUCGGAAUCUGAUGGCAUAUUCCACACACCCCCUUCUGGUGCAGCCCUGCCAUUACGCCGGGGACCCGGAGUGGGUGAGCGACACAGAGACGUCUACGCUGUGGGACGACGACAACGUGCGCACGGACUGGAGGGGCUCCCAUAAAACUCUUAAGGGUUAUCAGCCACCGGCCGGCCUGCAGAGCGCCACCUACAAGGACGAGUUGUGAAGUACAGUCCCAAUCCCACAUGAAUGGCAUGAAUGGCCAUUUUCUAAAAGCGGAGGAGUUAAAAAGAGUGAGCAGCUCUUUAUAAGGGCAAACGUCACUCAUUACGGAGACCUCAAAACUGUGGACGAGACGAGGGAGACCUGGGACCAAACCUUAGGAAGAGACUUUGACUUUACACCAGAAAUAAAUUUUAAAGUUUUUCUUGUUUUCCAGUAAAAAUAUCUAAAUAUCAUUAACAAGAUAAAUGUACAUAAUUAGUAAAAUAAAAGAUAUUUAUGAUACUCAAAAAGAGAAAAUGAGAAAAAUCAACAUUAAAAUAGAAAAAAAAAAUUUUAAUGGAAAACAAGAAGCUAUAAUGGUAAUCGGGUGCAAUAGAUCUGAUGACUCUUAUUUUAAGAGGAAAACAGUUUUUAAUAUAGGCUAUAUUUCAGGAGAAGGUUUUUGUCAGUCUUUUGGUACAGAUUAAUCAAAUUUCGCAUUUUUAUUAGGUUAUUUUUCUUUAUUAACUAUAUAAAAAAGGACAUUUGAUAGCUUUUAUGGAAGUGGUGCAUUAUUACUUUUUAUUACUAGAUUUUAUUAAAAGUUUAAACAGCUGCCGUAAGGACUAUCAUGCUCAGACAAUCGAACAAACAGCUUAGUGUGUAUUUGAAAUGGUGUGUGUGGUUCUUUGUAUUUUGGUGCAUUUUUGCUGUUCAUGUGGAAUUUCUCUGUUCUCAUCAUAAUCAUUUGUUCUAAUUUAUUUCUCUUCCCUGUCUUUUUCCCUUCUGUGUCUCUCCAAACUGAACAGCAGGACCAAAUGAAA